UCGGGGGUUUAGGGCUGAGGGAUUAGUCUGGGCCCGGCUUCUGUGGCCACCGCCAGGGGCCGCCUCUACGGCCUGGCUCUGGCGGCCCCCGCGCUCCGGGCCCUGGUUCCCACGGAGGGUGACCGGUGGGAAGGAGUUCUUCAGCGGCCCCGCCCGUGGGGCACAGGAGAGGCCGCAGACCCGGCAGCCUGAUCUUCCUGGGCGAGAGGCCUCCGAGCUGCGGCCUGGGGGGCGAGCACGCUGAAAGGCCGAAGGACCCGCCUGGACCUGUUCUCAACGACACCACUUCCAUUUUGAUGAUGAGGUGCUGCUGUGCACACCCAGCUACAUAGCUUGUGGGUCAGACAAUACCGGGUUCCUGAGGAGCUCAGGAAGUAGUUGAUGUGCUCAGUGUGUGUGAAGCCUGCGGCCGCGCAAGUCCCCUCUUUGGUGUGUGUGCAGAAGAUCCUGUGCCUGUGUCACGCAGAAGACAGGUACAAGGAUGUUCACAGCAGCGUUAAACGCCUCAAACUGGACGCAACACAAAAGUCCAUCGGUUGACGUGGAAGUGGUGGAGAGCGAGGCUGUGUCUGUAGUGCAGCACUGGCUGAAGAAGACUGAAGAAGAGGCUUCCAAGGACAUAAAGGAGAAGAUGUCCGCCAGCUGCCCUCCUGCGCACGGCCAAGAUGUGCACGUGACCAGAGAUGUGGUGAAGCACCACCUCUCAAAGUCUGAUUUGUUAAAAAGCCAGAGUCAGGAGGUCCUGGAGGAAAGAACAAGGAUCCAGUUCAUAAGAUGGAGCCACACCCGCAUCUUCCAAGUGCCCAGUGAGGUGAGAAAUGACGUCAUGCGAGAUCGGAUAGAGCAGGUGAGACGCAGCCUGUGCCAUCUUACGGAUGAGACAUCUCAGGAGCUUCAUGACAGAAAUUCCUGUUCAGACUGCUGAGAGCGACAGGUUGAUGUCCUUCAGGGUCAAGGGGCAGCCUGUGUUGGAAGGACGUCCACCCCUCCUUGACCCGAGGAGCAACCACCCUGGGCAGAGAGAAUCCAGCGGGCGAGCCCUUCCUUGUGACAGUGGCAGCACUGGAGUCUUCCUGCUGAACUGCUGAUAAAGAGACACUAUUUAACCACCA